GCGGGUGUCACGGGUCACCGGGCGUAAAAGCGAACAGCUUGUCCUUAGGCAUCCGUCACAGAAAAUUAAUGUUUUCCAGCUAAGUUCAUAUAAGUAUCCAUACAAAACGUGGACAUCGCCUGUGUGUUGUUUGGGGAAAUCGUCAAGCAAGCGCGCAAAUAAGCGUUUACCAAUAGUUCUUGUUCUCGUCGAUGCAAGUUAGUUGAAAUACGGACCUGCCAGACCCUGCCUGGAUCAAUGUUACCUCGUUGCGCAACCGAGUAUACGCGAGAGUACGCGUGCCAAAGGUUACACAUGAAGAAGUUUCAUACAACCGGUGAUUUUACUCGCGAAGACGGUGUCAAAUUGUACAAUGCAAUGGAACGCGCCGUCGGGACUCAAAGCAACGGCGAAUCAGCUUGAGUGAAGGUCAGAAGCCUCAUGGACGUGACCGUCUUGAUGAAGCAUCCAAGCGUCUACGAGUAUUCCAUGCGGGCUACUCUAUUUUCCCAAUCACAUGCGAGCACUAAAAUUUCAGAAGUAGGCAGAGCGGGCUUGUUGACCUUUACGUGUAAAUGUGUGAAGAUAUUGGGACUCGCAUGCGGACCAAAAAACGCCGGAGAUAUUUCUUCCACAGAUCCUGGGCUUUGUAAUUCUCAAAAGGAGCCGUUCAAUACAUUUGCCAGAGCAGCGUUCCCUCGUAUCACAGCUAAACCAGCCGAACCAACCGUCUCAACUCCCUUUGAGUCUUUUGCGAUGUUGUUCACCAAAGUCCUCUAUCCUCUCCUCGCUGUCUUCGGCGUCGCGUCCCUCGCGUUCGCUAGUCCCAUUGCCGAGCCCGCUGCAGGUGGGAUCGAGAUCAGGCAGGCUAACAGUGUCUUGGACGUUGUGCAAGGCCUCCAGUCCGCCGUUGCUCCCAUUGUGUCUCAACUGGAGCAAGCGGCCACCACUGGGCAGGACCCCACCGCACUCUUGGGCGAGUUACGGGAUGUCUUCACGAGCUCUACGAGUAACGUCAAGAACUUGAAGGCUAGCCCCAGCAGUUUCGCCACGGCUGAUAUCACUGCGAUUGUUAGCAUCGUUCUCAACAUCUUUUUGGACGUCGUCGUUGUUUUGGGCAAAUUCCCUAUCCUCAGCGUCGUCGUUUCCGCCAACGUCGACGUUUUCUUGAGCGCAUUCCUCUCUGCUUUGAACGCCGCCUCUCCGGGCAUUGCUACUCAGAUCGGCAAAGGCAUACCGGGUGCCAACGUUAGCGUUUUUGUCGUUCUGCAGCUCGUCGCUGUCAUCAGGAUCCUCGGUAUCACUAUCAUAUUGUAGGCGUCUCAGCGGUGUAACGGUCGUCAUAUCGGUCUCAACGGUCGGGCUUCAAGUCUGUGGUUUUGGAAAGAUUAUAUAGACGUUUAUGCUGAUUUUGGUCAUAAAUGGAUCGCAAUAUAUUGAGUAUUCAUAUACCCCGG